UCUAUGGCCAUGUCUUCAUCAACUCCAACGGCUUCAUCGUCAAUGAACAUGGGUGGUAUGGGUGGUAUGGGUCAUCAUACAACAGCUUCUAUGUCCAUGCCAAUGAGCUCUUCGACAGGUUCUUCUUCAAUGGACAUGGGAAUGCAUAUGAGUAUGAACACUUUUUUGACGACAAAAUACUCAGGUUAUCCAGUCGUUUUCAAAAAUUUAUCAGCUGCAAGUGGUGGUGCUGCAUUUGGAAUCUUUUGUGUUUUAUUCUUUACAGCUUUUGCAUUCAGAGGUUUAGGAUUCUUGAGUGCUUAUUUAGAACAAACCGUUUUCAGAGAUCCAAAGAAGUUUGAUCUAAGUGAAAAUGAAACAACGCACCAUACUCAUCAAGAUGAAAAAAAUGUGAUAAAUGAAAGCACAAGAAGUACGGAUAUGGAAAGUGUUUUGGUGAAAAAGAGAGAUGCUGAGAAUAAUAGAUCAGUUAUUGCUAAAUUUUUCGCUGUUACACCAAGUUCAUUAUACAGAGACUUCAUUAGAGUCAUUUUGGCCUUUGUUUCAGCUAUGCUUGGUUACGCAUUAAUGUUGGCUGCUAUGAGUUUUAUUAUUCCUUACUUCUUCGCGAUUAUUCUUGGUUUAUCAUUUGGUGAAGUGUUUUUCCAUAGACUAGCAAGUGUCAUGGAGAUCAAUACCAAUAAUUCGAUUUGUGAGUCAUUACAUUGAGAGGAGCUCAGUUUGUAUAUAUGUCUUUGUUUUGAUUUGUUUUGGUGUUUUUGAUUCUUUUGGUUUGAAAUAUGGGUGCCAGCAUCAGAGGUUUGGUAAUAUAAAAUUAUUUAUUCAAAUUGUAAUGUAGAAAUAAUCAGUAUAUCAGCUACAGCCUACAACCAAUAACAAAGCUGAACAAAAGUCGCAAAGACAAGGUCAUAUUUUGUACUUAAUUGAGAUUUAACAUGAAAUGUCAUAUAUAAAGGCGGUUACAACUAAAAGGAGCACUUUAGCAGAUAUAUUUAAGAAUUGCCUAUGAUUCUUCUUCUUCUUCCUCUUCUUC